GUCGGUCCGACUGCCGUGAGUGGGGGUGGGGAGCGGCUUUCUAGAAAUGUUGUCCGUAUAAAAAUUGUUCUCAGAAACCAUUUCCUCCAUCAGUUCACCCCGGAUGGCCCAAGCGGUUCCCCACGAGGUUUCCAGUGUGACUGUUCUGCUCAGAGCUGUGCACCCCAUCCCCCUGCCUGGUGGGGUGCAGAGCCAUGGCGACGGAGGAGAAGAAGCCGGAGACUGAGGCCGCCAGGGCACAGCCGACCCCUUCAUCAUCGGCCACUCAGAGCAAGCCUACACCUGUCAAACCAAACUACGCUCUAAAGUUCACUUUGGCUGGCCACACGAAAGCCGUGUCCUCCGUGAAGUUCAGUCCAAAUGGAGAGUGGCUGGCCAGUUCCUCUGCUGAUAAACUCAUUAAAAUUUGGGGUGCUUACGAUGGAAAAUUCGAGAAGACCAUAUCUGGUCACAAACUGGGAAUAUCAGACGUGGCCUGGUCGUCAGACUCAAACCUCCUCGUCUCCGCCUCAGACGACAAGACCUUGAAGAUCUGGGACGUGAGCUCGGGGAAGUGCCUGAAAACCCUGAAGGGACACAGUAAUUACGUCUUUUGCUGCAACUUCAACCCCCAGUCCAACCUCAUCGUCUCGGGAUCUUUUGAUGAAAGUGUGAGGAUAUGGGAUGUGAAAACGGGGAAGUGCCUCAAAACUUUGCCUGCUCACUCGGACCCCGUCUCAGCUGUUCACUUCAAUCGAGAUGGCUCCUUGAUAGUUUCGAGCAGCUACGACGGCCUCUGCCGGAUCUGGGACACGGCCUCCGGCCAGUGCUUGAAGACGCUGAUUGAUGACGACAACCCCCCGGUGUCCUUUGUGAAAUUUUCUCCGAAUGGCAAGUACAUCCUGGCUGCGACGCUGGACAACACGCUGAAACUCUGGGACUACAGCAAAGGGAAGUGCCUGAAGACCUACACCGGCCACAAGAAUGAGAAGUACUGCAUAUUUGCCAACUUUUCAGUUACUGGUGGAAAGUGGAUCGUGUCUGGCUCCGAAGAUAACCUGGUUUACAUCUGGAACCUCCAGACGAAAGAGAUUGUACAGAAGUUACAAGGCCACACAGAUGUUGUGAUCUCAACAGCGUGUCAUCCGACAGAAAACAUCAUUGCCUCAGCUGCGUUAGAAAAUGACAAAACAAUUAAACUGUGGAAGAGCGACUGUUAAGCCCUUUUGAGACACGAGAGACUAUCAGGAAGUUGACCCAGAUCGGCCAGAAACGUGGAUUUCAAGAAGCGGCUCCCCGGGCUUGGCGUGGGGCCUGGAAGGGCCGGGUCUGAGCCUCCUUGCUGAGGGGAACGCUCACACCACCGGAAAGUUCUAAAAGUUGCUGGUGACACUUCUCGCCAGUUCUUCUAACGCUGUCGGGAAGAGUUCCCAGUCACACUGUGUUUCAACAGAGUCAACAGAAGUCUUUAAUUUUUUAUUACAGAAGGGUGAAGUUCAAUUUAUCACGAGUUCUGUUUUUUCCAGUAAAUGUUCUGUACCUUUUUUGAUAUCUUCCUACCCAGUGCAAACGCUGUGACAGGCACACCGGGGGUGUGUCGGCUCCCCGCUCCGUUUCCCUGGCCUCUCCCGCCCCUGAGCCUCCUCAGAGCCGCGUCGCUGUCUGUUCGGCAGACGCCACAACAGCACGGACGCCGGGCUCUUCACCGUUUGUUGGUUUCUGCUUGUAGUGGUUCCCAGUGUAUUUUGACGUCUUUCUGGAAAACACAGGACGUUGUAAAGUUAUUUUCAUGUGAAAAACGUUUUGUGUUCCGGAUGUUGGCGGUUCACGUUGCUCACAGCCUGGUCUUGGCACCCCACUGUCCCCGUGUCUCCUCAGCGGUCGCGCAGCGCCACAAGCCACGACGGGAGGUGGGGCCUCGUGCGUGCCUGUGCCAGCUGAGACCCAUGGAAGCUCGUCUCCAGCUCACUGUUCGUGAAGUCCCACGAUUGGCAGGAAGCUAAGAAGGUUCUUCCCCCAAAGUCAGAUGCCAGGGAAGGAGCAGCCUCCGCCCCCGUGACUGUCCAGGUCCGAGCGGAAGGACAGACUGGUGGCGUGGGCAGUGCUGGGGAGGGACGGCAGCUCCAGGCAGGAGGAGGCCUGAGAAGUCCUGGUUUGGAAAUGUUCCUGCAGUGAUCCUGUUGGCGUGAUAAAGGUGCUGGUCUUGGCUGAGAUUGUAGUUUAU